GAUUUCGUUCUCUCUCUCCUCUCGAGAGUUCCUCUUUCCUCUCGCGAGGGUAGCCCCCUCCCUCUCUGCUUUCGCUCGUUCUGUGCUGCCAUUGUGAGCAAGACAACCUCCCAAAAACAGGAGCUUCAAUAACGUCUUCCUCAGUCUCCGGUUUCGCAGAGACAGGGAUGAACCGGCAGACAAAGAGGAACGACAGGAGGAAGUCUGCAGGUUCAUUGCUGUGUUCCUCCUUUAGCCAAGUCGCCUCUCUGCUACCGGCAUGAGGAAGACGACUGGUUUCCAGUCUGUCGGUCGACUGCUUCUGCUCGUCGGUAGAGAAGGCAGGGGCAGUGGGGUCGUGGUUUUUUAAAAAAGAGGAUUUUUGAGGUCCGACAAAGAAAAAGAAAGAAAAAAAUAGUGACUGUUUCUCCGGUUUCGACAGACGGGAGAAUCCCGGAUCUUUUCCAGAGCAGGCUCUGCUUUCUGUCGACGAAGUCUCGGACUGCUUCUUCUUUUGGUUUUGUGUAACAGUAAGUUCAGGAUGACAGCAGAGUCUUCCCACUUGAGAUUUGUGCAGCAAGCUCUGUGGCCAGACCUCCAUGAGGGUUCUGGCACCACGAAGAUCAAGAUCAAAUUUCACUUACUGGAAUUCGACAAGGAAGGGUCUGAUACCACUGUUGGAGCAAUUGAAGUGGCAGCGGAAGUUGCAAGUUGUCAUCUGCGCAGUAAGUUCAACAGCGGCUCUGGAGUUCAAGUGAUGCAGCGACAGUCCCCUGUUAAAACAGCAAAGCAAAAAGAAGAGGGAGGAGAAGGAGAAGGAGAAGAAGAGUUGAAGUUUUGAAUCAGAGGUUUCCUUCUAAGGAUCUCUUCUAGGACUCAUCUUUUCCUUCACAAGUUGGAUGACCUGUGUCCGACACAGAUUGUGCAAAAAUUGAACACGUAAAGGUGGCUACUCAGAGGGCUUAACCCACUUUGAUGGAUGAUAUUCUACAAGAAGCUGAUGAUAUUAUUCUCUUCGGGAAAAUCUUAGCAUAAGAAUUGCUUUCCAAAAAACUUCUCCAGGGGCCAUCAAACGCUACCGUACGGUGCCGGUAUAUUGUUAUCUUUUUCCACAUGGAGAGGCUAAUGAAGAAAUAUCAAAGCAAGUACAAAAGGGCCAGGGAGGAAAUGGAUCGAUGGGAGCAACUUCAGUCCCUAUUUCUCACCCAAUUUGGGAAUGCAUCAGCCAUCAUUGGACGACUGCCGGUUCUACAAGAUCCGAAUAAUUUUGGAAUCCUAUCCGGCAAUCCGGACAUUAAGAAGGAGCUUUUGGUGAAACAGUUGGAGUCCUUUGAAAUGAAUUACUCUGCGUUGCUUGGUACAAUGAAGGAGUUCCUUGUUAUUGUAAAGGCCCUUGAGAAGAUCUCUCAAGAUGCUUAUUUUCUUCUAAAAGAAGAGUGCAAAAAAGUAAGCUCAGAACAAAUGGAGGCUCGGGUUGGAGCUGGCCCUAGUAUAAUGGAUUGCUUGGAGGGUCUGAAAACCAUUCAUGAAAUGCAUCUGUUCGAGUACAACCUGAAGUCAUCUGUGGUUUUAGCCCUAAAUUGGAAUUCAAGCAGCCCAGGUGAUUUAACUGCCUUCAGUCAUCUACUUGCUGACCAGCCCAACAUCCCCGGAGUUCAAGUGCAGCUGAUUUAUAACAAGAUAUUCAUGGACGGUGUUGAUCGAUGAUAUUCCUGUGCAUGGGGAGGGUAAAGUGAUUUGUCCCCUUGUUGCGUAUGACAAGUGGCAGCUAAAAAAGGAAUGACAUGCAUGCAUCUAUGGUGGAGACCUGGUGUGUGGCUCUGCGAAUUCCAGGAUACAUCAUUCCCAAGUUACUCUCUGCUUUUCUUGUCCUUUAUUGUCUUGAUAUUUCUUUGUAUAUAGUAUUACUUUUCUGAUAAUAAUGUGUAUAUUAAUUCUGCCUGUUAGUUUUCCUCAAAUACCACACAUAGAUGAUAUUGGCGAUCCAUUUGCUGUUGAAGGAGGGGGUUUGCCCUUGCUGAUGAUAAUGUGUAAACUAAAAUUUUGCCAUUUUAGUGGUGCUCUUUCUUAUAUUCAAUUAUGAACAAUUUAUAGAAA